AUGAUUGACCCUUUUCUGGCGAUUUCGCCUUUCAAGAAUAGCGAAAACUUGCUAUUGAGACACUCGUUGGAAGUGGUAGUCUCAUUUUUGGUGUAUCUGCUGAUUGUGGAACGCAAGCUGGCUCCAGCAAUAAAUCGCCGGAUUUUCAAGCAACAUUAUACCCAAGGUCUGGACAGGAACACACGGCUAAAUUUUGAUAUACACACGGUCUCGAUGGUUCAGUGCGUGAUCAGCUUGGCUCUGACAGCACCGAUCCUGUUGCAGCCCUUAAACACCAGCGUGGCCACGUUCCAGGACCCUUUCAAUUCAAUGGUCGCAGCAGUGACUUGUGGGUAUUUCUUGUGGGACUUGUACGUGUGCUUGAAACACUACGCAUUAUUCGGACCCGGGUUCUUGGGCCAUGCCGUUGCAUCGCUGUAUGUGUUUGUGGUUUCGUUGCGUCCGUUUUGCCAAUCGUGGAUCGGCAAGUUUUUGAUUUUCGAAGCGUCCACGCCAUUCGUGAACAUUAAUUGGUACGUCAGUCAGCUGGCCCGUUCUUCUUCGUCAUCGUCUGCCGUUGUUCCCUUGUGGUUCAACGCACUAAACGGAGCCAUGUUGAUCUUGACGUUUUUCCUUGUGCGUAUUGUGUGGGGGUUUUCCGCUGUGGUAAUAUUGGUGCGCCAACUAUGGCAUGAACGCGAUUUGGUUCCCUUUUGGCUUCCAAUCACUGUGAUGCCUCUAAAUAUUGGGUUGAAUUGUUUGAAUGUCGUGUGGUUGAAAAAAAUGAUCCAUAUUGCUAAGAAAAUGGCUGCACGUAGUCGUAAGAAGGUUUAG